GCUAGCUAGUUGGUGCGCUCGCGCGUCGCCGGUUACCGCCAGGCGCCAGCGUCCGUUCCCCGCAAGCGCUUUCCGUGCUAGUCUCUACGGUUUCGUGCCGUUUCUACCGUUUCUUCCAGGCUCUCGUCUGGCCGUCUGGGGGCCUUUCUUCUAGGCUCGUCUGGGGAGCAGAGGGCCAGUCGGCCAGACCCAGAGGUCACUGCGAGAGAGCGUGUCGCGCGACGAAGCCAAGCGAGCUAGUAGCUAUCCGAACAAGGGGUCGAGGCAUGGCGGAGGAGGCGCCUGCGCUGGCGGCUGCGGCGGGGACGAAGAUGACGAUGGUGGCGGGGGUCGACGAGAGCGAGCACAGCUUCUACGCGCUGCAGUGGGCGCUGCAGCACUUCUUCCCGCCGGGCCAGCCGCAGCAGUACCGCCUCGCCGUCGUCACCGCCAUGCCCUCCGCCGCCGUCGGGCUCGCCGGCACAGGCGCCUUGAUGGAUGUGCGGUCGUUCGUGGAGGCGGACCUCAAGCGCGCCGCGCGGCGUGUCCUCGACAAGGCAAAGGAGCUCUGCGCGCAGGUGCAGGUGGCCGACGUCGAGUUCGAGGCGUUGGAGGGGGACGCCAGGAACGUGCUCUGCGACGCGGCGGAGAGGCACCACGCCGAGAUGCUCGUCGUCGGCAGCCACGGCUACGGAGCGAUCAAAAGGGCUGUUCUUGGAAGCGUGAGCGAUUACUGCGCCCAUCAUGCGCACUGCACCGUGAUGAUAGUAAAGAAGCCAAAGCACAAGCACUGAUCAAUGCAACGAUCUGAUCGACCGGUAUUUCGCAAAUAUAUGUUUUGCCAAAUUGUGUGUGUGCGUUGGGGUGUGAACAAUUCGAUCAUCAACCAUCACAUCUCCGGUCGGUUACUCCAAGUAUCCGAGGCAAUCAUUCGACGUGUGGUUUGAGUAUAGUACAAAUAACUGUUGUCUAUUGCCUCAAACAUUGUGUUUUGUUAUUCAUGCAACUGCUAUGGAUGUAUUUUGUGACUGCAA